ACAAACAAAGAUUUACAUGGUACAGAAACUACAAAGAACACAUCCAGACCUUUUUUCUGUUGACUGAAAAGCAGGAAGGAGAUCUUUUUUUACAUGGACAGAGCAGAAACAGAAGAGAAAAUUGUCUUUUUUACUAAAUGAGACAUGGAAACUGGCUCUUUUAUUCCCAAUUAUCCAGGACUCAGAGUAGAGGGAGGUGCAAAAACACCUCGGGUAUCGGAGGUCUUUGGUGGAAACACACCUGACGUCUUUCAGAUGGCGGAUGAAAGUGAUUCUAGGUCAGACGAGAUGGGAGAUGAUUCGGUUUUCUACAGUGACGAGGAGCAAGAACAGAAGGACGGACUUGCUUUCCUGUCAAGUCAUUUUGGUGUCAAAAGGUGCAGACAACUUGUCAACAGUGUAGCAGAAGGUGAAACUGUUCAACAAAUUGAGGAGGAUCCAGGAGAAGUCUUUAUUAACCAUGGAAGCUUGGAAAAGCAGGCCAUGUGGACUAAAGAGGAAUUCCACAGCCUCCACAUGUUAUCCUCUCAUAAAAUCAAUGCUCUACAGCCAGGAGAAGCACCUGCUGAAUUUACCAAAACGUUGCCUACAUCUUGGAAAGAUGUUCAACAGCAACAGUGCGCAGAGGUGGACAUUCGAACCGAGCAUGAUAAAGAUACUCCAGAAGAAAAGGUGAAUUUACAAGCUUUGCUAUCUUCCCGCAACCUGUUAAAUCCAUUUAAUGAGAAGAGCCAACAUCUGCCAAAAGCUGAAACACAGAGGCGUAGAAACAGACAGCUUCAGCAGGACUCGGAAAUGGAGCAAAUUCUUCAAACUCAUCCGCAGUUUCCUCAGAACCCCAACCCGAGCCCCCCUACUCUGCCUUCCCUGAAGAAAUCCGGUGGCUUCAAUCACCUAACCUCCUCCAAAUACAGCACCGUGUCCUACCGCAGGAUCUGCAAAGGCAACACCCAGCAGAAAAUAAAAGACUAUGAGAUCAAGUUAAGAAAAAAGUGAGAUGUUUGCUUGUCAGACAGAAAUGACCCACUGAGAAAUGUACCAGAAAUUUUUGAGGAUAGCAGUCAGGACACCAUCACUUUACUUAAUUUAUCAUUCUUUAAUAAAACGUAAUACCUGAAACACUUAAAUAAUUUAUUGUAUUGUAUUUAAAUCUCAUGACUCUAAAGAAAAGCUUCCUGAAGUGCAUUAUGGCUUAUGUGUAGAAACCAAAGAAAUAAAUCAGUGCAAAUGCAAA